AUGGGCACCCAGACACCCAAGGCUGCAGGCAGCAACCCUUCCACCCUCCGGGCCACCGAGCACACCUAUGCUGUGCGAUCAGCGGUGGAAAGGAAGAGGGCGGCAUCAGUAUCGUCAUGGCAUGGGUCACUCACGACGCGCGAUGCACCCCCACCUGAAGAGAGGCAUCAUGCCGGGCACGACAAGAGACGGAGGGAGCAGUACGCCGUACAGCCUACGCGAUCACCAUCGCACUCGCCACCACGAACUCUAGACAUACCGGAACAGCUUGCUGAGCUACUCAUUACCAUGAUUCCAGGGUCAGAAGGGGAGGAGCUAGCUGAGGCCUAUCGCGAAGGAACCGACCUACCACCCAUCACAGGACAGUCACUGAGCGAACUCGACAUCCAAAACAUCAUCACGAACAUCAGACUACGGCACGACGUCAACUUUGACCGCAAUCUAAGCUUUCGCCCCAACCUAGACGGCGCUAAGGGACAAGGCAAGGUAAAGGCAGCACAUCGUUACUGGAGGGCGUUGGUAGCUGAGCUGGAGCUGUACAAUCGACUAUUUCGUGGAACACUGCCAAUGCAAGAGAUGGACACCCAUGACUGGCCGACUAUCGUUCGUCACGCCGAGCGUCGCAUCCCCAAAAUCUUCCAGACUAUUCGAGACGUGCUGAAGAGCCUGGUACCAGACCGCGACCACUCCAGGGUAGACGAGCAUCUGGACGUAGGCAUGUUGAUGCAGCAGAUUGAGAGAGGCAUAUGUGAUCUGGUGGGCCUGUCAGAGUGGAUGUCCUGUCUUCUGAAGGAGCAUUGCGCGCCCAUGAGGGACGAAUGGGUCGACAAGAUGGUGUCCUACACUAGGACAGGCGUCACACAGAACAAGCCAGACAGCAUCGUCAAGGGACUGUGCGAGCUGCUGGGAAUACUUGAGUCCAUGAAACUCGACGUAGCAAACCAUCAGAUACGUAACCUUAAGACACUACUCAUUGAGGAUACCAUCAACUUCGAGACACACUACCACCUGGACCGACUCGUCAACGGCCGUGCACGAUUCGACAUUCAGAAUGCACAGAAGUGGUAUCACUCUGCUUCUGCAGAAUUUGGCCCGGUUUGCAGCACUCAGCGCGAUCCUUCACGUCUGCACCUCGAGGUUCUCGUCCGUGGAGUGAUAGCAACACUGUUCGGAGAGGACGGACGGUCUGACUUCCCGGAAGCUAUGUACCUUGACAUUGAUCGACUACAGAUCAUCAAGGCGGAGAUCGAAGACCACAUCUUCUUCGAGGUUUGCUUGGAUAUGUUCGCAACUCUACUAAAGCAAUUCGGCUUCCAGGGACCGAGCCUGUCAGUUACACGCCAGCAGGUGGUCUCAUCGCUCACUGCAAUCAUGGGCGAGUCAAGUGUCGGCUACGGGCCCCAUCAAUGGAUGGCCAACUCUGAGGCUUUGUCUCUGGAAAUCCUGAGGCAAGCUUCGACCCUCGCCGGCCGAGCCACAAUGUACGACUACGAUAACAUGUCACGCGCGAAUCGACUCCUGCGGCACCUCUUCUUCAGUACUUUCACGACUCAAGCACGCAAUCUUGAGUCUGCGGUACUGCCAAUCAUCCUUGCUACGAUCGAAAAGUACUCCACCUCAUCCCCUAUUGAGCUCUUCAAUAACCUCGUCCCUGCCACAACAACAACUACGACACUUCCAUCUGUAAACCCCUCUCAGUCUACUGUCCCCGAUACGUUCUCAUUCCACCGUCUUCUUCACCCCGAUACACACAAGCUCUCGGAUAUCGCAAACCGCAUUUCCCAUAUUACUAUUCUGCACUGGCGCAUCUGGAGUAAGAUUGCUUACAUCCAAGACGACGCUUCCGAGUCACGACUCACUUCUACGCCAGCUCCUCAGGUCUCUGAAGCACACGUCCCGUCUAGCAUGAGGACUGGCGAGGCGACAGAGACGUACGAAGAAGCACCCGCUGCUCACGAGACGUCCACUCAGUAA